GUAUCCAUGGUAACACGGAAUCCAUCGUAUUAUUGACAACAGCCUUAUAAAAACCGUCUGUAUUACCUGCACUAGACAAAUGAUUCACCUGAUUCUUCACUGAAAAAGAUUUGGUUUUUCUUUGAAAAGGAGAACGUUGGAUUAUAUAGAUGGACAAGAUUUAUAUAUUUGUCAUACACAUAUCUGUUUUUCCUUCUUGGGGAUUUACCCAGAAAAUGGACAUGGUUUUUAAAAGCAGGCGUCGUGGGGAUUUACGUAAACGCGUUUAGAGUAAAACUACACCAAACAAAUCUUGCUACAUACGAGGAAGUCGAAUUACCAUAUAUGGAAAUUAAACAACAUUCGGAGAACUGCAAUAUGCAAGGAUUACAAAUCUCUAUAGGCUCUACUUGGACAUCGAUUUUAUCUGUCGUACACUGUCAGAUCAGUACAAGGCUAAGACGAUAGUGAGGAGGAGGAGGAGGAGAGGAGGCUGAGGCCAAGUAACCAAGGCCAAGUCGAGAAUGAGGAGGGAUUAGUAACCAAGGCUAAGUCGAGAGUGAGGAGGAAGAGGAGGAAGCUGAGGAAGCUGAGGAGGCAUUAGUUAACAAUGAACGACUUACCAGGAAUAGAAGUUCUGUUCCGUGAACACCGGCGCCUGGCCAAUAAGUUAACGAAGGAUGAAAUGAAGGCACUCCGUGGCUUCCUAAAUAACUGCCUAAUGCAGGAACACGGGGAAAUGGUCUUUGAACUGGACAAUCUGAAAACGUCAUACAGCGCAAAGGUAUUUGAUCUCGAGGACAAAUUAUCUGAAAUGCAAAAGGAACUCAAAUUCAAGACAGAGCUUCUCGAGCAGUACAAAUCGAGCGACAGCAGCCUAGCCAUGGUACAUAAACAGCGCGAGAAGAGGCUGGAACACAAGCAAUCUUUCCUGCUUCUCGACCUUGAGAAGGGCCAGGACGCUCUUAAAUCUCUCAACGCCCGGCAACACGUGCUAGAGAAUGAGCUCCAACAGAAGGAAAAGGUCAUUGUAGAACAAACUUCAAAGAUUGAGGGAUUGAAGCUGGCAGUAGCUGAACAAAACAACACUAAAAACCGAAAUGUUGAGGACCGAGCUCAGAAACUAAAUCAGGAAAUCCUUCGGCUGAAACUAGAGAUAGAUCAACGGAAUAAAGAAUGCCAAAAGCUACAAGAUGAAAAACUGCAGCUAUUUAAUGAGAAAAGCAACAUGGAGAGGAAUUUAGAGGAACAAAGCCGUCUGAUGAACGAGCUGAAGGAGACUAUGCAGAGUAAUGCUAAGCAAAUGGCCGUUAAAUGUGAGCAACUGUCCAUGCUUCAAUAUCAAUUAGACUUGGAAAAGAAAAAAAUGGCUGAUUUUCAAAAAGAUCUUCAAGUGAAAGAUAAUUUUGGUCAAGUGACGAGACGUGGUAGUUCUGAUCAGGAUUACAAUGACGUAAUGAAGAUCAGGUCAGAGUCAUACAGGUCUCAGGUACAGUUUCUCGAAUGUCGGAUAAAAUUACUGGAGGAAAAAAUCGCCAUGUACCGGAAUCAGGUUCGCGACAUGAGCCGGGAGAUCACAGACAUUGCUGAGGACGUCACUAAAUCGUCGCAUCUCAAAGACCGGAUAUUUGUCCACGGAACAACCAUCGUAGAAAAAAUCCAGCGAGAGUUACAUGAACAUAUAGUAUCGAGGAGGUCUAAACUUGAAACUUCCCUUGACGAAGUUCUCAGAACGGCACCUGUAGCUAUUUCUAAGGAAGCAUGUGAAAUCCGAGCAGAUGCGCUAACUUUGAAGAAACAAGCAGAAGUUAAUCGCGUCAACGACGUCCUUGUAAGAACGUCUCGUCUUCUGACAAGGGUAGACGCUUGUGAGAAAACGAAAUUUUCUGGAAAGUUUUUAACUGGGAAUGGACAUGUCAUUCAAAACGGAAAUUCUACGAACAACAUACGUCCCAAGUCAGAAAUACGUCAAAAGAAGGACGAUAGUCAAGAAAGGUGUUUCACUGUUGUCACAAGGAAACAUUCGAACGGUCAUCUCCUCUCUCGACCUCGCCAACUAAAUGGGUCUGCACUUCCACUCUGGAAACGGAAACACUCGUUGUCCAUGGAUAUGGCAAACUGUAUAUCCCCAGCACUUAUUGACCUCAACCUCAGCCCAGGUAGUUCGCCUUCUCCGAAAGAUAAGAAGACAUUCUUCUCAAGUAGUCAGAGCACGCAGGCUAUAGAGAGUAAGCGGUCUCUUUCCGAUUCCAGCUACUAGGGCGCGGGACAUUCAAAAUGUAUUUCGGUGAUAAUGAAGGAAAAGCAGUCUGUAAUGACCAUGACCUUUAAAUUGAGCUUUACGGCUGGUACGAGUCCGGGAAAACCAGAAUCUUCCAGACAACGUCCAUGGCAGUCAAAAUGAACACAGCCUUAACAACGGCUAACACUCAUAACUUUAAGUGUGUUUACGGAAAGUAUAGAGAGCAAGCAGAUUCUAACUUAGCUUCAACUCAUAUUUACCUUUAAGAAUUACGAUACCUGCUGAAAGAUUGAAACCCAUACGUAAACACUCGCUUUACGUGUUUCUUAAUUCAUUAGCUAUGUUGUAAUAUACAGAUGUGUCCAUCAGAUAGAUGUCGAUUUAAAUAUUGGACUAUAUUUAUGCGAGGAAUUUUUACAUUGAGUUUCAGAGCCAUAUCUUUAUUGAUGUUUGCUUACAUACCUCAAAAACUCUUGGCCAUAUUGUGCAGGGUUACGAAACAGAAACAGUUUGAUUUAAUUAUUAACAAGUCACAUAGAUGUCUAUGAAUGAUAUCGAUACAAUAACCUUUUUAUGGAUUUCAUAUAAAAUCAGAAGAAUUGUUUAACCAGUAAGUUCGUCCAUGUAAUAUUUUUGCGUGUCACUGGUGUAAUACAACCUGGAGCGUUUCGCAUUGGCUGUGCCAGUCAGAUAUUGAUUGUGACGUCAGGAUAUGGACAAAUACAUGAAUUGUAAAUGGUUGUCUCUGUUUUAUUAAGCCCUCGACAUUUUGACUUAAAAAUCUGUCUCAAAUGUAAUUUUUCUGAGAUAUGUGAUAAAAAGUAUCUUAAAUGUUUUCAUUUUAUAUGAGAUUUUAUCAAACUCGUCUUGAUUUGCUUUUAAAUUUUUACUCACCAAGGAUCGCGAGAAUAAAAACCUCCGAGACUCCUUAGAUAAAAUCUUGUACGAAAUGAAAACUCAUUUAAAAUCCUUUAUGCAUUCUGUAUCAAAUAACGUAACCUGUUAUAUUUCUAUAAUCUUCAGGUACGUUUUGCUAAACCAUGCUUAAUUCCAAAACGUUAAAGUCCUCAUUUCAUAUGAAACCCAAUUAACAUAUUAUAUUUGUAUAUAUUUUUGUUUAUGUGUGCGUGGUCAACAACUUAUUGCUUCCUUUGAAAACACAUUGACAGGAUAUUACGUUUUGACGUGUUUAUGAGUCGUGAUCUUUUGAUGACGAUCAAAUACAUACUUAAGAUUGAGUUAACAUAUAUUUGGUUAAAUACAGAUUAACUAUCAUUGUUUGUUAUGAUCCCCAUGCUUAUAUAUAAUACAUGUAGUUAUGGUUUAUUUGUUUAUUAUGUACAUGAUCUACAAUGCUUGCGUGUAUCUAAAUGCCGGUUUAUUUUUGUUUUAUUGAUAAUACGUUGUCAAUUAUGAUAUCUAAGUAUAUUUUGUAUUAAAAUACGAGUGAUCUUUCCUUUUU